UACAGCAACUGCCUCAGUUGAAAGUGCUCAGUUGGUGGUGCUCGAACCAGCCAGCGCAAUUCAUCACGAGGGCAGACGUGUUAGUGCUUUUUCUUGGCCGGGACGAUUCAUUGUCUUGUUGAUAUCGGUGAAGAUAAACUCUUUCGCCCAUUCCGUAAAAGAACAUUGACAUUUCCAUUUUUCGGACUUCUAUUUCAUUCCGGAUCGGACAGCAGAACAAUUCAGCUGGCCAUCACCGUGAUUAGAACUUUCUUGUCCUAAAGGGGUCGCAGAAUGCUCUUGCCGCAGUGUCCCACUUGAUGACGAUGGUUCUGAAAGCCACGCAUUCUCCAAGCCAGUCCGACAACCUACCGGAAUACGAGAUGCUGGCCAAUGGCAAUCCGGGCAAGAAACCGGCUGUCCGGAUUCAAGAGAACCCUCUGGCGGAAGUGGCAGUGGAGAAGCCCCCCAAUGACAUGGUGCAACUCAGGAUAGAGAAGGGAGGCAUCAAGUGUCAGUCCAGGUCGAGGCACAGGUUCAGGACCACGUUCGAACUGCUUCUCAGCCUGACCACUAUCAUUCUGGGACUUCUCUGUUGCGCCCUCUUCUACCUGAUAUUCAUGAAGACAGGACAUUCAAAUUUAAAUAUUUGCCUGACAGCAGAAUGUGUAAAAACUGCGGCGUCUCUUCUCAACGCCAUGGACCAGACUUCAGAUCCAUGCGACAAUUUCUUCCAAUACGCUUGUGGAACAUGGAACAAACUGCACAUGAUUCCUCAAGAUAGAAGUAGCAUUAGUACUUUCGAAGUCAUGGCAGAUGAUUUACAAGUUAUACUCAAAGGUCUUUUAGAAGAACCUGCCAACAGUCACGACAAUAGUGCCACUAUUAAGGCAAAAACUUUUUACAAAUCAUGUAUAUCAACAGUUCAAAUAGAAGCCAUCGGUGAUAAGCCCUUACGUGAUGUGGUCCGUGAACUGGGCGGCUGGCCAGUAAGCGAGCGUGACUGGGAAGAACCAGAGUGGCCCUUAGAACAUCUGUUGGGUCAGCUUAGAGGGGACUACAACCAGGGCAUCAUCAUCGAGCAGUGGGUGGGACCCGACGACAAGAACUCUUCGGUCAAUGUCAUUCAGUUGGACCAAAUGACCUUCGGUUUGCCAAGUCGCGAAUACUUCCUGAAGGACAGCAGUGAAAGAGAACGAAAAGCCUACCUGAGGUUGAUGAUCGAAGUGGCCAUUCUUUUUGGAGCCGAGAGAGAAGUGGCUGAAAUGGACAUGGCUGACGUUUUAGACCUGGAAAUCAGACUCGCCAAUGCUUCCAUGCCAGAGGCUGAUAGACACGACACUGGGGCCAUCUACAACAAGAUGUCUCUACAAGAACUUUCGGAGAUAGUUCCUGAAUUUGACUGGGUGUUCUACCUGAACACUUUUCUGCCAACCAAGGUGGACGAUCAGGAGCCUGUUGUUGUGUAUGCCUUGCCUUACCUCCAAGAAAUGGGACAAAUAAUUUCGCAGGUCAACAGACGCAGGACCAUCCAUAACUACGCCCUCUGGCGUCUCAUCAAGCACAUGCUCCCCUUCCUGGAUGGCGAGUAUAGUCAAAAGAGGACCGAGUUCAAGAAAGUGCUUCUGGGGAUAUCAGCAGAAAGAGAGAGGUGGAGCCAGUGCGUGGACCUCGUCAACAAGAAAAUGGGCAUGGCGGUCGGGGCCCUCUUCAUAAGGGACAACUUCGACCCCAAGAGCAAAGAAACGGCUCAGGAAAUGAUUCGGAACAUCAGAGAGGCCUUUAACGAGCUUCUGGAAGAGAAUUCCUGGAUGGACGAAGAAACAAUAAAAGUAGCGAGGGAUAAGGCUAACGCUAUGAACGAAAGAAUAGGAUACCCAGAUUUACUUACCAAUCCAGUGGAACUCUCCAAGGAAUAUGAGGGACUGACCAUUCAUGAUGACUUGUUCCUUGUGAACAUUCUCAACGUGCUGGAGUUUGAAGCAGCCAAGAACCUCAAAAAACUACGACAACCAGUCAACAAAGAUCGAUGGACGACUGAACCAGCUGUCGUGAAUGCGUUUUACAAUCCGAAUAAAAACGACAUUGUUUUUCCAGCUGGCAUCUUGCAGCCUCUUUUCUACAGUCAUUAUUUUCCCAAGUCUUUAAACUAUGGCGGCAUAGGAGUUGUCAUAGGACAUGAGAUGACGCACGGCUUCGAUGAUAAAGGUCGGCAGUUCGACAAGGAGGGCAAUUUGAAGCAGUGGUGGAACGAAGCCACCGUGCGGCGUUUCCGAGAAAGGGCGCAGUGCAUCAUAGACCAAUACUCCAGCUACGUUCUUGAAGACAUCGGCCUCAACAUAAAUGGCAAGAUGACCCAAGGUGAAAAUGUUGCUGAUAACGGGGGCCUCAAACAAGCAUAUCGGGCAUACAAGAAAUGGGUGAAACGACACGGGGAAGAACCGUUAUUGCCAGGACUCAAUCUUACUCAUGAUCAGCUAUUCUUCCUCAACUAUGCGCAGAUCUGGUGUGGUUCCAUGAGACCAGAGGAUGCAUUGAGUAAAGUGAGAUCGUCAGUUCAUAGUCCAGGUCCUAUCAGAGUACUAGGACCACUUUCGAAUUCUUAUGAUUUCGCCGAGACCUACAACUGUCCAGUGGGAAGUAGAAUGAAUCCAAAGAAGAAGUGUUCUGUGUGGUGAAAAUCAAAUCCUCAAUCAACAAACAGUAAAGAAUAGCACUUAGAAGAACAAAAGAAAUUAUGUCAGAAGAACUGUUCUGGAAAUUUCUUUUGCGCUUGUAAGGGAGAAAAAAAAAGAAAAAAAAAGAAUCUCAUCUAAAAUAGACAGAAAAGAAAAACACUCUUGUGAGAUAUAUCCAGGAUUGAUGAAUUUUUGAUGUUGAAAAUGUUGCAGAAAAUAUGAUUCAAUUAACAAAGUUUAAAUUUUAAUAUUUGAAUCGAUUGAUGACUAAUAUGAAUUGUUGUUCUUUUUUUCUUAAUUUAAAUUACUUUUCUAAAGAAAAAACUGCUAUUUUAUUCGUUAGUACACAGCACAUUGUAUAUAUGUGAUAAAUGUCUAUAGAUAUUCUUUUAAAUAUUCUUUACAAAGAGAUGUAGCCGAAUAUUUUCUAUUUGUUAUCUGGUUUCUAGUUGUAUUCUCCAAGGUAUGAAAAAUUGAGCUAAAACAGUGGCAAUUCGUACCUUGAAACCGAAUCUUAUUUGUUCGAUUAUUUUGUAAUAGCUAUUAAUUCUUUCCAAAAAAAAAUUCGUAAUCUUAUGCGUUUGUAUAAGAUUACAAAAUUGUUAAUAAGUCGCAAUUAACAACACGAAAUUUUCAGGCCAAAUUAUCGUUUAUCGAAAAUUAUCAGCAAAAAAUUUUCAUGAGAAACAUUCAAUUUUCGUUUUGUAGCGUUGCAACUGAAAUACUGUGGAUUGACAUAUUUGGCGAGUUAUCGCUUGAAAAAAUUCUAAUUUGGCGAUGUGUGUCUUUUAAAUGUUGAUAAUAUAAGGUGUUUAAACCAUUUAUAAGUCGUGUAGAAUAACUACAAUACAUCAGUGGAAAUCUAUAGUCAAUCCACGGAACGUCAUUACAAAGAAACGAACGUAUGGAAAACUUGAACUCAAAUGCCUUAUUGUGCAUAUCAAAACUAAAAGAUGGAGAUUUUUAGAGAGACAGAGCCCUAGUUUAUCUCGAAACAUUUGGAAUGUUACAAAUUGCCUCAAUUAUUUUUUUUUUCCUCAACAUUCUUUUACUUUUAUGUUUUGUUUAUUUACCAUUUAUCUUUAAUAUUUUAGUAAAAGGAAAAAAUUACUUCUUAGUAUGCAGUUAUUUCUAUAAAAUAUACUUAUUUCUCCAGUUCUUAUGCAAUUAUUUAGACGAAGAUUAAUUUGAUACAAUUUGUAAUUGGAAACCACCAACCAUUGUUUUAAUUUCUGGUUACUUUCUUUAAAUUAUACUUAAAAGAGUUAGUAGUCUGCUUCAUACAACUGAAAUAAUAUUAUAAAUUGUACCACAGAUUAUUUGGAAAGCAAUAAUUAAUUUUAGAAUGGUUUACAAAAAUUGUUGUUCUGAAAAUGUUGGCUUAGGAGUUGGUUCUUAAUUAUAUUACUAAUUUAUUAUCCAGAUAUUUUUCAUGCAAGGACAAGUUAAAUUUAUCUCUAAAUAUAUUUUUUGUGAACCCUUAACCUUUAACUGGGUAAUGAAUAACGUUUAAUAUCUGUUUGUGAAAUAACUCUCAUCAAAAUGCAUACUUAAAUAUAAUUUUUAAUAAAUUUUGAUUGAAUAGGUAACGGACGAUAUAUAUGUAGCCCGGAGUGAUAAUGUCAUUUAUGUAUUAUCUUGUCAUUAGAAGGAGAAAUCAAUCAAUUCUAAAAUUCAAUUCCAAAAAUAAACUUACUCCAUUUUGAGUGUUCACAAAUUUAAUUAAAUCAAAAGUUAUUUUCUACAAUCCAGGAUAAUUUUAAAGUUAUCAAGUUUUAUCUGCCAACUUUUUUCUUUCGCAGACCAUUAACAUCUUCAGUAAUAUGCAUUACAUCAUUUUCCUUUAAAAAAAUCAGCAAAAUAUAAUCCCAAAAGAAAUGAUAAAGAUUCAAAGAGCACAGAAUGCAGGUAAAUAAUCAAUCUGGCAUUUCUCACAUAAUGCCAGAUGGUACAAAGAGUCAGAUUGACUACAUUCUACAUCCUUUAUUGAAUAGGAGGAAUAAAUUUGAUUCCUAAUGAUCAGAAAAUUAUUUGUUCAACCUGAGAUAGUAAAUGACACCUAAAUCUUAGUUGUCUGAAGAUCUGUACAAAUGGAAGACAGGGAUUUCGUCUUUUCAAGAAGAGGCAGAUUUUUGGUUUGACGAAGAGGAAUCAAAAUGACUUUAUUUUGCCACUAUAAGGUUAAUGAUAUUUAAAAGCAAGGAUGGAAAAGAAAAUUUUACUUUGAAAGAAAAAAUUUUAAUGAAAAUCAAUAGCUUUCUCAUUAUUGAAUCAUUUGCUAGAUUACAAGUUGACGAGUUGCCACUGGCUCAUAUGAAUCAAAUAAGAUCAAAAUUAUAUUAAUUUGUAAUUUAUCUUCAAUUUCAUGUUUAUUAUUUUCAAAUAGCAUUAUUAACAAAUUAAACUAAAGAAUGCUAGUUUGUGAACUUCCUCUGUACUCAGAUUGGUUUACAUUCUUUCAUUCACUAAAUUAAAUAAUUACACAGAUUAUUAUAAUAUAAAUUUAAAGAGUAUUACAGCAAAAUUACAUCUUCUGACAAUUUAAGUUUUUGCUUUAAAAAAAAACACUAU